UCCAUCUUUAUAUUGUCUACGUCAUAAAGAUACAGAUCAUGUGACCAUUGUUUGUAAACGCAUGUGUAUUUAGUCGUCACUGGUCACGUCUUCUACUACACAACAAAUUUCAGAGCAGCUGAUUAUAUCUGUUGGGCUUUACAAAUGCAAGAUGAACAAAUUGCUGUUGUUUUCCCUCUUCUGGCACUUCGCAUCUCCAGUGAAACACUCCUUGCAGCUUUUCGUCACUGCAUCUUCUGGGAUACCAAACUUACCACAGUUUGUGGGAGUAGCAGUAGUUGAUGAUACUGUGGUGGGUUACUAUGACAGCAACAUAAGGAGAGUUGAACUCAAGCUGGACUGGACGAAGAAAUUUAUAAAAGAUGACCCCCACCACUUGGAGUACUACACUAACGAGUGUUUAAAGAACUGGCAUAUCCUGAGAGUGAGCAUUGACGGUCUGAAGCAGCGCUUAAACAAAACUGGAGAUGUCCAUGUCCUUCAGAGGAUGAAUAGCUGUGAAUGGAAUGAUGAGACUGGAGAUAUCACAGGUUAUAAUCAGUUUGGCUAUGAUGGAGAAGACUUCCUUUCACUGGACCUACAGACACUGACUUGGACUGCACCAAAACCACAGGCUCUCACCACCAAACUGAGUUGGGAUACUGAUAAAGACAGACUAGAAUACAAUAAAAACUAUUAUAUCAACACGUGCCCUAACUUCCUGAAGAAGUAUGUCUUCUUUGGGAGGAUCUUUCUGCAAAGAACAGACGUCCCUUCAUUGUCUCUCCUCCAGAAGACUCCCUCCUCUCCAGUCAGCUGCCACGCUACAGGUUUCUACCCUGACAGAGCCAUGAUGUUCUGGAGGAAAGAUGGAGAGGAGAUUCAUGAAGGAGUGGAACAUGGAGAGAUCCUCCCCAACCAUGAUGGAUCCUUCCAGAUGAAUGUUGACCUGGACAUUUCAUCAGUCUCACCUGAAGACUGGAGGAGGUACGACUGUGUGUUUCAUCUCUCUAGUGUGGAGGACGACAUCAUCACCAAACUGGAUGAAACACAGAUCAGAACCAACUGGGCCGAGAAGCCCAGAGACAAGACCAUCACCAUCAUCAUCAUCAUCAUCUCUGCAGUGGUUGUUGUUGUUGUCGUCAUCUUUGCAGCAGCUGCUGGAUUCAUGGUUCAUAGAAAGAAACAAGACCAAAAGGCUCCACCUGAUACUGAAGACAACUCUGAGCUGAGUUCAGAAACCUGAAAAACAAAUACCAUGAGUUUCUUUAUAUGGGAUCAUCUUUACUAAAUUGAUGUCAGAGUUGUUGAAUAGAUUUGUUCUAUUUUAGAGUUCACCAUAACUUAAACACUAGUUGCUUGAUGAUGGAAUAUUCUCUCUGUAAUGUCUCUGUGUAACUUUCGGACUUGUGUAGUAUUUAAUCCUCUUCCUGUCUCUCUUUCUACUUCUGGGUUUGUUAAGUAUGUUCAUUGCUUGAAGGGAAGAGUUUACUUUAUUCUUUUAAUUUAAUUUGUUUAUAGUUGUGUUGAGUUUCUGGAGAUUUGAAAACAUAUUUAAGGAGAGUGUUGGAGGUGAACGAGAGGUGAUUCUACAAUUGGAACCAGAGGUUCCCUCAGAUUCGUCAGAGUUUUUGACACUGUUCUGUCUUGUAAUAAUUUUUUUUUUGA